GUCGACGCGUUGUUUGUGUGCGCUUGUGCUGCACGUGGCGGGAGAGAAAGUUGGUUCAAGUCGCGAAGUUGAACCUCCUUGGUCUCUUGCGGCUGACUACCUUUGCCAGCAUCUCUUGCGUGUAAAUCCCCCUCCGCAUCUGUGGGCUUUCUUUGUUUUAUACCCCCACACAUACAUCUUUUUCUUCCGCUAGUUUUCUCUUGCUAUCCUCCCGUCAGCGUUCCAAACUUCCACCAUAAUCUUCAAACGUAGAUAUUCGCAUUGAACACGAUGACAAACAACAACGCCCGUAUCCCCAUGCGAAACCGACCAGGACCAAUCCGCCCUCGUAUGAAUGGCGACGAAAACGCCACAUCUAGACAUGUCCGUCAAGCCUCCAGUGUCGCCCUUUCCACCCGCCCUUCUCACCCCACGGUCAACGUACAAGCUCUUAAGAACGGUCUUGGUCCACAACGUGCUGCCCUGGGAGAGGUCACUACCACCGCUGUCAACCGCAAGGAUGCCGCCAAGAAACUCGCCGGCAAGGAGCCUACUGAGAUUGGCCUGAAGCGCAAGAGUUCUGCCUUGGUAACUGGUCCUCAGCGUGUGCCCAUUCGUGCAGCGCGGACAACCACUGCACAAACCACUGCACGCAUCCGACCGACCAUCCCCACGCGCACCACUGUCCUCCAUGAACCUAUCAUUGCUAUCGCUCAAGAUGAGGAAGAAGAUGAGAUGGAUGUUGAAGAUCACCAUGUUCAAGUACAACCUACUGUUGUCGAUACUCAGAUCCAGCUGGUCAGCCAAGAUGACAUUGAAUCCAUGAUGGGUGUUGAGCUUGAAGAGCAGGAGCCAGUCGACGGAGUAAAGCCUGUGCGUCACUGGCCCGAGGUGGGCACCGACCGUGCGGAACGGUACAGGAAAACCGUCGACCAGGUACGGGAGGUGUUCCAGGAUGAACUCGAAGAUGAAGACGCAACGAUGGUGUCCGAGUACGCCAAUGAAAUCUUUGACUACAUGAAUGAACUUGAGGACGAGUGCAUGCCCAACCCAGAGUAUAUGACUGGUCAGAGUGAGAUCACCUGGCCGAUGCGACAGACACUGGUGGAUUGGUUACUCCAGGUACACCUGCGUUAUCACAUGCUGCCCGAGACACUAUGGAUUGCAAUCAACAUCGUCGACCGCUUCCUGACGCGGAGAGUAGUUUCGCUUGUCAAACUGCAGCUUGUUGGCGUCACGGCAAUGUUCAUUGCAGCGAAAUAUGAGGAAAUCCUAGCGCCAUCAGUAGACGAAUUCGUGUUCAUGACCGAAAGGGGGUACACCAAGGAGGAGAUCCUCAAGGGCGAGCGCAUUAUGCUGCAGACCCUCGAGUUCAAAGUUAGCCACUACUGCUCGCCGUACAGCUGGAUGCGCAAAAUCAGCAAGGCAGAUGCGUAUGACCUCAACACCCGGACGCUUUGUAAGUUCUUGACCGAGGUUACGCUUCUCGACUACCGCUUCCUGCGCGUGAAGCCGUCGAUGGUCGCUGCCAUUGGUAUGUACACUGCGAGAAGGAUGCUGGGGGGAGACUGGAACGAAGCAUUCGUCUACCAUGCCGGUUAUACGGAAGAACACCUGCUCCCUGGUCAUGCCAUGCUGGUGCAGAAGCUUACCGAGGAGACUUUCACGAAGCAAUAUGUCUUUAAGAAAUAUGCCCACAAGAAGUUCCUCAAGGCCUCUCUCUUCGCUGUCGAAUGGGCGCUGACGAACUUCGAGGAAGAAGGCAAUAUGGAGAACAUGGUCCUCGAAGAAUGAGGGGAUCGUACGUCUAUGUUCUACCUAUGCUCUUCCUAUGUUGCCCCUAUGUCCGCUGCAUCUCCAGUCAUGGCUUCCAUAUCUCCGCACCCAGUUUGCAUCGUUAUUUCUGCAUAUCGUUUCUCUUUCUCACUUUCUUUGCAUUUGCAUCAUGAUCAUCCACACGUUGUUUCAUUACACACAGCACACACAAGCACACAUUUAUUUUUUGUCACGAAUACCUCUCGAUCACUCUCUAUAUGUCUCGCUUUCCUCCCUCGCUCUCUCGAUUUGAUGGUUUAUCACAGUUAUGCGUCCGUGAAGAAAACUACUGCGCUUUACCAGUCUCAUCAUCGCCUCCACGCUCUCUCUCUUUCUCUCUCUCACGUUCUAUCGCCUUUUUUUCUCUUGUCUCUUGUUGGUCUCGGACCCUGGUUUGAAGCCAUGCCCUCAUGCUUGUUUUGUAUGCGCACGUCUCAUCGCAAAACCGUUUCCGCCUCUUUCAGUCUCCCAUUUGCCGUCUUUAAUCUUAUAUUCUGGCUCUUGUUUUUUCUUCUUCUUCUCCUUUGAUUUCCACCUUGAAUUGUUCGCUUCCCUCCUUUCGCGUGCCGCACUUGCUUUGUCGCGCUUUCCUCACCCGACCUUGCUUUAAGUUCAAGCUCAAGCUUUCCUUGAUUUCUCGCUUUGUUUUAUAGCUAAUUUUUGUAUCCUGUCGAGUCCGUCCCAGCUCCCCGUUCCAGUUUCCCCUUCUCGUUCCUGAUCUCUCCAAAAACUGCUUCAUGAUCCCUCGGACUCUGGAUCGCUUUCUCUUUCCCCCCUUCUCCCCUGUCCCCGUCCCACUUUCUAAAACUUCCUUGUUCAAGUUAUCUUCUAUCUUCAUUUCUAGUACUAGUACCACUGGCACCCCCCGUCAUCCCCCACACGUACGCAUGUAGAACUUGCACUACUAGACCCGCACACCGCACAUCGCUCCCCGCCCCAUCCUCCUCCACAAGUAGCUGAAGGUAUAUACGUACUUGAUUGUGUACAUAGUAUCUCCUGCGCUGUGCGCCAGGGUUCCGUCUUUGUUUAUUUUGUCUAUUUAUUUUCUUUAUGGCUGUC